GCCUCAAGUAGGAAGUGAUUACUUCACUUCGCAAGUUUAUAUUAACGAUGUAGGAGAAGUGUCCAACAUUCGUUAAUCCUUGACUGGUAUAAAACAUGAUAGGCUGAGAGUAUUUACCAAAUCAACAAUUAGCAGUACUGAAAACCUGCAGGACAUAAUUUUAUAAGCAGAUCGGAUGGUGUUUCGACUAUGGUCCCUUUAGAACACUCCAGUGGCUCCAAUGAUGAUACAGAGGCCAUCAUGCCUCAGGAACAAGAACCGGAGAAGAGAAGACUUCAGACCCACCCCCAAAUAUAUGGAGCCAUCACCGGAGACAGUACAGGCAGCCUAGGAGAUACCUGCCCGACUUGUUGGGGAGUAGGUCGUAUUCCAAGAGGACAUGAUCAGCUAGUGGCAGUCAUCCCAUGUUCAGACAUAAGACUGAGGCCCAGCCGGACGAAACUUUAUGUGUGUAUAUCGGUGGUGGUGUGUCUUCUGAUCUGCUGUCUGAUCCUCUUCUUCCUCUUCCCACGGAGUAUCUCACUGUCCCUUGUCACCGUCAAAUCAGUGAUGGUCUUCUUCACCCCGCAUACAGUUGAAAUGCAAAUCGCGAAUGUCUUUAACGUCACCAAUGAGAACUUUGCGGACAUUCAAUUCUUGGAAUUUGAUAUACAAGUGCUGAUUGCUGAAACAGUGGUGGGCAGGAUCAAGAUAUCUAAUAUGACCGCGGUCAAAUCACGUUCAGAGAAAGUGUAUACUGUUGUCAUACCCAUAACAAUUGAGGACACAGGCCUGAAUAAUUACUGCAAGUCAAACACCAUAAGGAUUCACACCUUGUUCUUGCAUUUGCAAAUGACAAUGAACAUUUCCUACUUGGCUCACUCGGAGCAGCUGUCCGAAGACACCUUUGAGUACAUUGACUGUGGAGCCAACACCACCAUCCCCCACCCUAUCAGGCAAAUUCUUUUUGAAAGAUGAAAGCCUGUCAAUGAGGGAUCCCCAAAGUGAAAAUGUUUAUUAUAAACAAGAUAGAAUGGAAGAUUCCUUUGAGUCUAUCUUAUGUCCAGUGGUCAUAAAAAGUAUAUUGAUACGUUUUUCGAUAUCAAAGGGAAAUAUAUACAUAUAGUAGACUUAUAGUAUUGUCCUAUUCUUCUGAGAUAGUUUUUUGAACGAUUUAUGAACUGUGAAAGUACAUGUUGUAGUGUUUCGUUGGUUGUUUUAACAUACUUGUAGGGAUUUAAAACAUACACUGAGUGUACAAACCAUUAGGAACACCUUCCUAAUAUUGACUUGCACCCCCCUUUUCCCUCAGAACAGCCUCAAUUUGUCGGAGCAUGGACUCUACAAGGUGUCGGCCCAUGUUGACUCCAGUGCUUCCCACAGUUGUGUCAAGAUGGCUGGUUGUCCUUUGUGUGGUGGACCAUUCGUGACACACACGGGAAACUGUUGAGCGUGAAAAACCCAGCAGCGUUGCAGUUCUUGACACACUCAAACUGGUGCUCCUGGCCCCUAGUAUCAUACCCCGUUCAAAGGCACUUAAAUGUGUCUUUCCCAUUCACGCUCUGAAAGGCACACAUACUCAAUCCAUGUCUCAGUUGUCUCAAAGCUUAAUAAUCCUUAUUUAACCUGUCUCAUCCCCUUCAUCUACACUGAUUGAAGUGGAUUUAACAAGUGGCAUCAAUAAAGGAUCAGAGCUUUCACCUGGAUUCAGGUGAGGAAAGAGCAGGUGUUCCUAAUGUUUUUUACACUCAGUGUACAUUUCAUCAUUAAAAGUCAAUCAGUGUACAGUAUAUCACAAAAGUGAGUACACCCCUCACAUGUUUGUAAAUAUUUGAGUAUAUCUUUUCAUGGGACAACACUGAAGAAAUGACACUUUUCUACAAUGUAAAGUAGUGAAUGUACAGCUUGUAUAACAGUGUACAUUUGCUGUCCCCUCAAAAUAACUCAACACACAGCCAUUAAUGUCUAAACCGCUGGCAACAAAAGUGAGUACACCCCUAAGUGAAAAUGUCCAAAUUGGGCCCAAAGUGUCAAUAUUUUGUGUGGCCACCAUCAUUUUCCAGCACUACCUUAACCCUCUUGGGCAUGGAGUUCACCAGAGCUUCACAGGUUGCCACUGGAGUUCUCUUCCAUGACGACAUCACGGAGCUGGUGGAUGUUAGAGACCUUGCACUCCUCCACCUUCCUUUUGAGGAUGCCCCACAGAUGCUCAAUAGGGUUUAUGCCCCACAGAUGCCACCUUUCCAACAAGUCAGUUUGUCAAAUUUCUGCCCUGCUUGAGUUUCCCCGGUCAACUGUAAGUGCUGUUAUUGUGAAGUGGAAAUGUCUCGGUGCAACAACGGCUCAGCUGCCAAGUGGUAGGCCGCACAAGCUCACAGAACGGGACCGGCAAGUACUGAAGCGCGUAGUACGUAAGAAUCGUCUGUCCUCAGUUGCAAUACUCACUACCGAGUUCAAAACUGACUCUGGAAGCAACGUCAACAAAAUAACUGUUUGUUGGGAACUUCAUGAAAUGGAUUUCUAUGGCCGAGUGUUACGGAUACAGGUAUCCUGUGUGUGUGUGUGUAUUUCUUUUCUCUCCUUCUCCCCUCACAGGUGGCAAUCAUAAUUCUCCAAUCAGUCGCUAAUCAGAAGACACCUGCUCCUUUUCUCUUACCCUAUCACAUUCCCUUGGUUUAAAAACCUCAUCAGUUGUUUUCUCUACAGCUUGAUCUCUCUAGAUCUCUUGUGUUUUACAACUACAUGUCACUUUGUUAUGGUGUUUGACUGUUAGUUUGAUGGUGGGAAAAGGUGGUACCAAGACAAGUCGCCCAUGGGCAUACACUACCCGUAGGAAUACUUUGUCUAAGAACACUAGUUAGAACUGGGCGGACCACCCACUGUAUUUUUGGUUAGUUAGCUAGCUGUUGUUGAAGCAGGUAGUCUAGCUUAGGGUGUUUUUGGAUAUUUGUUUCUUUCCUUGGGUCCAGCUCAGCCCCUCUCCCCCCCAUUACCGUGUGUAAUAAAUAAACCAUGAGUGUUUGACGGUAA